AUGAACCAAGCAGGAUUCCAUGGGAUCUCGGGGAAUGAAACGCCAUACACAAGGAUGCUCAAAGAAGAGGCGCAAAUGAACUGGACUUACAAUUUGCUCGCCAGCGGAGCAAAUUGGGUGCUGCUUGCAGGGUAUUUGGUCAUCCCCGGCACUUUCACCUCGCUAAAAGAAUCAAAUAGCGUAGAAGAAACAUUGGAAAAGAAUAACGCAGGGCGGGUAGUCCUCAGCACUAUACAGAAUCCUCCGCUCCUUGUUUUUGCCUGCCUAUUCCUAGUCACUGGUGCGACCGUAUUGGGGUGGCUAUUCAAAAUGUACAAAGCUAACUACUCUUGGUUGACUAAUAAGCUCUUUAUGCCAGCAACCUUAAAUGCAGCGGCUGGUUUGCUUACCACGAUCGUCAAUGUUUGCGCUUCACAAGGCGGUGAAUUGUCCGUCAUGGCUCUCGUGACAACCAUUGUCACAGGAGUCACCUUUGUGAUCUGCCUGGGGCUUUCUGUCUUCUACAAGUUCUUCAAAUUGCGAAGAGUGAUCCAAAGCGACGCAAGUCGAUCCAGUUAUUUCGAGAUAUUCUGGAUGCGCGACGAUUGCCUUGGUCAGGAGCUUGACGAGGCGAAAGAGCAGGAUCGAGGUAUUCGGCUUUGUAUCGGAAAUGACGAAUUCAGCAGGGCUCAGAAUCUGGCACUACUUUUAGCCUCAGCUAUUCAAUACUGCUGGCAGUCUGACCAAAGGACACAAUCUGUCUGGGUUGAGGUACGGGCUGAUACUCAAGAAGUCUUAGCUUGCUUGCAGAAUGAUGGCUUCAUUCAAAGUAGCAAAGUCAAAAUCUCGCAUGAGCGUUAUGUUAUCAUGGAGUUCUUACGAGGCUCUGAGGUGGUCGUGGGAUCUGCUUGA